ACGGUUUCACUUUAAGGGAGCGCGCGCGGAGGCGCGCUCUUGCUGCUAUUGUUUCUUUUUUUCGCUCUCCCCCCCUCUUCAGUUUGUAGACCACCGCGGCCUUGUGGGGGAGCAGCGCUGCCCAGUUUGUUUGACGACAAGGCUGCUGAAAUCAUGGCGGACGAACAAGAAAUAAUGUGUAAAUUGGAGAACAUCUUGGAAAUACGAAAUAAGACGAUCCAGAUGCAGAAGAUCAAGUCUCGUUUGAAGAUGGAGUUUGAAGCUCUGGAGUCUGAGGAGAAGCAUCUGAAAGAGUACAAACAAGAAAUGGAUCUCCUUCUACAAGAGAAAAUGGCUCAUGUUGAGGAGCUGCGCCUCAUUCAUGCUGAUAUAAAUGUGAUGGAGAGCACCAUCAAGCAGUCAGAGAACGACCUGAAUAAGUUGCUAGAAACGACUCGCCGUCUUCAUGACGAGUACAAACCGUUGAAGGAGCAUGUGGACGCCCUCAGGAUGACUUUAGGACUACACAGACUCCCUAACCUGAAUGAAGAGGAGGAAAAGCUCUCCUUGGACUACUUUGAGAAGCAGAAGGCGGAGUGGCAGAAGGAGCCACACGAGCCCGCCAUCCCAGAAUCCCUAGCGGCUGCCGCCGCCGCAGCACAGCAGCUGCAAGUGUCCAGGAAGCAGGACGCCCGACAGACAGCCACCUUCAGACAGCAGCCUCCUCCUAUGAAGGCUUGCCUGUCCUGCCACCAGCAGAUUCAUCGUAACGCUCCCAUCUGUCCGUUAUGCAAGGCCAAGAGCCGCUCUCGCAACCCAAAGAAACCCAAGAGGAAGCCAGAUGAGUGAACGCUGCUCCCUGGCACCGUCGGUGGAGUUUAAAGGCACCUGGUGCAGCUUUUUUUCCAUCUAAGAUCAGCCCCAGUGUUUAUUCUACUGACUGAAACUACAGGUCUGUGCUUCAGGACGGUUUUUGGUGUCCACUUUAGUAAAUAGUUAUUGUUCCAAAUUCGUCUGCAGCUGGUAAUGUCAUUUCGUUGUUUGUGCGUUUUGGAUGUGUUUAUAAGUAAUUGUCUUACAGUAGUUCAUUGACGAGUGUUAUUGCAAUAAUACUAAAUGGAACUUGUCCAAAAACGGUAAUGUUGUUUAUUGCCUUAGCUAACUCCUUGUACUUUAACUUUUUUUUUGCAGUGCAUGCCUGCUGUUGUGUAUUUUUUGUGCCAAUAUGAAAUGUAAUGGGUUCAAUUGUUGAGACGAGUACAACUAGGAGGUUGUUUUUAUGUUUACAGACCAAAAAGGCCACUCAUUUUGCAUUGAAUAGUCUUGUGUUUAAUACUGCAAAAAAAGAAAAAAAAGAAUAAUAAAUUGCUGUUUUGUACUAA